GUCCCAGCAGGCAGCCUUGCAUCACAAGCUCCCAUCAACAACCAAGUGAUUAUCACCGCAUCAUCGUCUCGAUCUGAUCCACGACACAAUUCGUCCGACCACCUUACUUUCAGGCUUCUAUCGCAAUUCUGUUGGAAUCCGAAGCGUAGCCCACGAUAGAGUGAAGACUCCUGCAAUCCUAUUCUAUUGCCCGCGCUCUCUGAAAUCGACGUCUGCUCCACCAUGAUGGGCUGGUGGACUUCUUCGGCCAACACGGCCCUGGACGAACAGAUUGAGAAGGCGACGAGCAGCAGCCUAGAGGACAUCGCUCUCAACCUAGAGAUCUCCGACAUCAUUCGAUCUAAGACAGUUCAGCCCAAGGAGGCUAUGCGUUCCUUGAAGAAGCGAAUCGGCAAUCGAAAUCCCAAUACCCAACUCAGCGCCCUUAAUCUUACUGAUACAUGCGUUAAGAACGGUGGCUCACAUUUCCUCGCCGAGAUCGCGUCGAGAGAAUUCAUGGAUAAUCUCGUGUCGCUGCUUCACGCAGUCGGACCCGCAGCCGUCAACCCACAAGUGAAGUCGAAAAUCCUCGAACUAAUACAGUCAUGGGCAGUGGCUACUGAAAGUCGCUACGAUCUGGGUUACAUCGGCGAUGUAUACAAGAAGCUACAGCACGAGGGUCACCGCUUCCCGCCCAAAGUUAGCGUCACAAGCAGCAUGAUCGACAGCAGCGCGCCUCCCGAAUGGAUAGACUCGGACGUCUGCAUGCGGUGCCGGACCCCUUUCACGUUUACGAACCGAAAACAUCAUUGUCGAAACUGCGGGAAUUGCUUUGACCAGCAGUGCUCGAGCAAAUCUCUCCCUCUGCCUCAUCUAGGCAUCAUGCAAGCCGUUCGUGUUGAUGAUGGGUGCUAUGCGAAACUCAUGGACAAGAGUGGGAAAGGGGGCCACGGUGCGGCAUCGUUGGACAAGUCACCUACCUACCCUCAUAAGAGCCGCAGCACCUCCGCCAUGCAGCCACGCAGUGCCCGAGUCGAGGACGGAUUUGACGAAGACCUCAAAAAGGCAUUGGCUCUGAGCUUGGAGGAAUCUAAAGCCUACACUGAGCCCAGAUCGAAACCUCAUCACCAACGCGCCACUAUCAACGGCAAGUCUUCGGCAGGGCCGCAAGCCGAUGAAGAAGACGAUGACCUGAAGGCGGCCAUAGCGGCGUCCUUGGCAGAUAUGGAGGAGCAGAAGAAGCGUCACGCGGCCGCCUUAAAGGAGCAGACGGAGCAAAGUUCCGGGACGGGUCCUUCAACAAGCACCGCAUUUGCCGUGCCAAAGAACGACUACGAGCUAACGCCAGUAGAGGCCGAAAACAUCAAUCUCUUUGCCACUUUAGUGGAUCGCCUCCAGUCGCAACCUCCUGGGACUAUCUUGCGUGAGCCUCAAAUUCAGGAACUCUACGACAGCAUUGGUGCAUUGCGGCCAAAGCUUGCGAGGACUUAUGGAGAAACGAUGAGCAAACACGAUACUCUCUUAGACCUUCACGCGAAACUCUCUACUGUCGUACGAUACUACGAUAGGAUGUUGGAGGAGCGACUUUCAAAAGCUUACAGCCAGCACACUCUCGGCGGUUACGCACUUCCUCCGGCGCGACAAGCUUCUGGGUCAUACCCGUCACUCCAAGCCAGCGCCCCGGGACCCGGGGUUGGCCCGGCAGAGAAUUUCUAUACUGGAGGCGAUCAGAGGCCAGAAUAUGGACGGGCUCCACAGCAGGGUUAUCCUACGCCACCCCAGCACAGUCUCCAGACAUACGAUAGGACUGGUGGUUCCGUAUCCGGACCUCCUUCAGCUCAUUAUUCCGCUCAAAACGUCCCGGGGCCGGAAAGCUGGAGGGGUAGCACGGGACCCCAAUCUGACCCCAGUUACCCGCAACAUGUGGGAUAUCCACCCAGCGAGGCUCCAGGCCCUCAGACUGAUCACCGCAGCCAAACCCAUCCCGGGGAACCAGGAGUUGAUCCAAGCUCAACGGCCGCGUAUUAUUACAACUCCCAGCAACCGAGCCAGCAGCCAUCGGCGCCUUCUGCUACGGAGCCAGCCGCGUCACCCUACCCUAACCUUCACCACCCACCGCAAUAUCACCGACCAUCCAUCUCACAACAGACACCGGGUCAGACACCGGCACAAUCAGCACAACCGACACAGCCGACUCAGUCGGCGCAAUCCACACAACCUGCGCCGCCCCAUCAAGCGCAUGUUCCAGCUCCCCAGCAGCAGAACUAUUGGCAGCCGUCAAUGCCUCAACAAGCGACCCAGCCCAACCAAGGCUGGCACGGGCAACAAUACAGCGGGUAUGCUCAAGAAACAUUUCCUUCGGCGCCCCGGCAUGCUCCAAAACAGCCGGCCGUCGAAGAGAGCUUGAUCGAACUCUAAAUUGAAUUGAGGCAUCGGCUGCGACUUGUGAAGGUUGACAAGGACGGGUGACGUUCAGGAUCCAAGCAGGGAGAAGGGGGGGGGAGAUCGACGAAGAUUGUCACGCGUGGUCCGGGAGGGCGGCAUUGGUCUCAAUUUAACUGAUUUGUAUUUGGAUUUCACGGAAGUGCUGGCGCAGCGUCUGCCUAGAUUCAGUCACCCUUGCUUCUUCUUCUCUCUUGCCGCGCAUCCUUCGCAACUGCAAGGUUGGCCACCGCCCGUGUCUAUAGGAACGGCCUAGCAAAUAUGACAUCAGUCCAGCCCUACAAGGCCACAACUAGCAUGACUUAUACCUACCUUAUGCAAAGGGGAGAAUGGAAGGAUGUUGCGGGUAUUUCCCAUGCGUUGCGGCAGCUUUACCAUAUAUUACCCU